CGGCAGCGCCGGCAGAGGUGCGGUGCUUGGCCACCGAGCGCGCCAACGCGGUCCCCGCUGGAGCCGCGGCGUCCCACUGUGCGGCUCUCACCCUUCUCCCGGACCCCGCAUCCCACCGGCCCCAGGAUGGGCGCGCGCUCUUCGGGCGGACCCCGGGCCCAGGCUGGGUUCCUGCUGCUGCUGCUGUUCGGGCUGCUGGCCCCGGGCGUGCAAGGGGCACGGGGCCGCGGCGGCACCGAGAAGAACAGCUACCGCCGCACGGUCAACACCUUCUCGCAGAGCGUCAGCAGCCUGUUCGGCGAGGACAACGUGCGCGCCGCUCAGAAGUUCCUGACGAGGCUGACCGAGAGGUUCGUGCUGGGAGUAGACAUGUUUGUGGAAACCCUGUGGAAAGUUUGGGCAGAGCUCUUGGACGUCCUUGGACUUGACGUCUCGAACCUGUCCCAGUACUUCAAUCCAAGCUCAGUGGCCAACAGCCCCACACGUGCCCUCCUGCUGGUGGGCGUCGUCCUCCUGGCCUACUGGUUCUUGUCUCUGACCCUGGGCUUCACCUUCAGCGUCCUGCACGUGGUGUUCGGCCGCUUCUUCUGGGUGGUGCGGGUCAUCCUGUUCUCCAUGUCGUGCGUGUACAUCUUGCACAAGUACGAGGGUGAGCCCGAGAACGCCGUGCUGCCGCUGUGCUUCGUGGUGGCCAUCUACUUCGUGACCGGGCCCAUGGGUUUCUACUGGCGCAGCAGCCCCAGUGGCCCCAGUGUGGAGGAGAAGCUGGAACAGCUGGAGAACCAGGUCAGACUGCUCAACAUCCGUCUCAACCGAGUGCUGGAGAGUCUUGACCGCUCCAACGGCAAGUGACAACCAGCCAGCCGGCCGGGUCCCCUCCUCCCAGCGCCCUCUCUCCGGAAACAAAAAAGAAGAAGAAAAAAAAGAACGCCAAACCCCAAACAAUCUUAAUAAACAUGUCUGAGCAGGAGAGUGGCGCUUUGCGAGGGUGUUUCCAGCCACGUGUCAACUCUUAGGACAUCUUCCGAGAAGAAUGGGACAAGAUCGUUGGUGUAGAACUACCCACCAAGUGUCAUUAGUGGAAAAAAAUCUUUUUUAAACAAAGGAUAUAACCAUAUUAGCUGUACAGGAAGAGAAGUUUAUCUGUGCAUAGAGCAUAAAGUUAAUUUUUUCAAGCAUUUAAA